AUGCCCACCUUGGGCACCGUGCAGCACCAUCACUUCCCCUACAGCGGCUUCUCAGGGCUGCCUGCCCCAGGACCAGAGCAGAUGAAGGCAGUGCCCCUGGAGCACUGGCUGAGGGCAGGGCUGCUCCUGCACAGGGGCCCCGAACUGCACGCCUCUGCUCCGCCUGGACUGAUGGGGAAGUGCAGACGCCCCCGGACGGCCUUCACCAGCCAACAACUCCUAGAACUGGAAAAUCAGUUCAAGCUCAACAAGUACCUGUCACGACCAAAGCGAUUUGAGGUGGCGACUUCCCUUAUGCUGACUGAAACCCAGGUAAAGAUCUGGUUUCAGAACCGGAGGAUGAAAUGGAAGAGGGGCCGAAAAAUCAAAGAGCAGGGGCCGUCCGACCAAGUGGACAGACCGAGAUCCAGGGGCAAAACGCCACCCAAGGACGGCCAUGACGAAGACGAGGAAGAGGAAGAAGAAGAAGAGGACGGCGGGUUCCAAAGAGCAGAGCGCAGUGCAGAUGCGUUGCGUCUUCCUGCCCAGUGCGGUUACAGCCCAGAAUCCUUCUGCUCCGAGGAAGAGGCUGCAGCCAUCUCCUCUCUAUAA